UCCCGCUCACUCCUCCAGCCAGUAAAUCCGAUCUAGGCUGAUUCCUCUCACGUCAAACCACAUGAUCCCAUAAAACAUUCAUCGCCUCUCCAUCCCCGCUCGCUCGCCGCUCGCUCCCGGGAUCCAGCGCAGCCGGCUCCGCUCCCCGCCGCGGGAUCCGCCGCAGCCCCAGCCCCGUGCGUGCGGCGGGCGGGCGGGCGGAGGGAGGAGGAGGCAGGCGAAGCGAGGCGAGGCGAGGCGAGGCAGGGAGGGGGAGCCUCGCCUGGAUGCUGACUCCAGCUCAGGGGCUGCUCAUUCCCCCGAUGAGCGAGGGCGCCGGCACCGGGAGCGCCCCCCCCUCCCCGCGCGCAGCCGCUCCCUGCUCGGGCUGAAGUUUGGCACCGGGAUCUGCCCCGCUUUCCCAAGGAUUGUACCGCUGCCACUCCACUUUGCGCCUCCAGACGUGCCUUCUCCGACCCCUAAGAUGAAGAGGGCGAUAGCUGAAGGAAGCAGACUGCUGAUUUUGGUGCUUUGCUUGAACAUCCCAUCAGAAGUGGAGUCCUGCCCCGGGGCCUGUGUAUGCUACAGUGAACCCAAGAUCACCAUCAGCUGCCAGCAGCAGGGGCUGACAGCCAUCCCCACGGAGAUCCCCAUCCAGAGCCAGCGCAUCUUCCUGCACAACAACCGGAUAACGCUGGUGAGGGCCACCAGCUUCACCUCCUGCCGCAACAUGACCAUCCUGUGGAUCCACUCCAACAACAUCAGCCUCAUCGAGCCCGGGGCCUUCUACGGGCUCACCAAACUGGAGGAGCUGGACCUCAGCGACAACACGAACCUGAAAUCCAUCAACCCCGUCACCUUCCGGGGGCUCGUGCACCUCCACACCCUACACCUGGAUCGCUGCGGGCUCCUGGAGCUCUCCACGGGGCUUUUCCGAGGGCUGUUCUCCUUGCAGUACCUCUACCUUCAGGAUAAUAACCUCCAGAUCCUGCUGGACGACACUUUCAUCGACCUGGCAAACCUCACGUACCUGUUUUUGCACGGGAACAAAAUCAAGAGCUUGUCGGAGAACGUCUUCCGCGGGCUGAUCAACCUCGACCGGCUGCUGCUGCACCAGAACAGGGUGAGCCUGGUGCACCGGCGCGCGUUCCACGACCUGGGCAAGGUGAUGACCUUGUACCUGUUCAACAACAACCUGACCGUGCUGACGGGGGACACCAUGGCCCCCCUGGUGUCCCUGCAGUACCUGCGCCUCAAUGGCAACCAGUGGAUCUGCGACUGCCAGGCCCGCUCGCUCUGGAAUUGGUUUAAGCAGUUCAAGGGCUCCUCCUCAGAGCUGGAGUGUCACCUGCCCCCUCGCCUGGCAGGGCGGGACCUGAAGCGGCUGCAGAGCUCUGACCUGGACAGCUGCGUGGACUCCUUCAACCAGAUCCGCACCAGCGUUUUCAGCACUAAAACCAGGCUGGGGAAGCUCCCGACGGGGCUGCCCCCGCUGGGCUCCCACGACGGCUCCUCCAAGUGCUGCCAGCCCGAGAUGGACAAGUCUUUUAUUUAUGAGGCUAAGGGCAAGUCAGGGCCCUCCUCCCACAGCAGCCGCUCGUCCAACAACCACCUCAAGGAGAAGGAGAACAUGUCCAGGCCCAAGUACAUGGAGACGGACCCUUCCAAAAAUGGCAGCAACAAGCAGAUAAACGAUUCCCCCUUUGGGACCUUCCCCAGCAUUGUAGACCCUCCUUUGACCAAGUUGAGACCCGAAUUUCUAGAGCCCAUUGAACCUUCCACAGUCCCAACCAAAAAGAGGCAGGGCUGCUCUAAAAAGAACAGAUCAAAGGCCCAGUGCCGCCUCACCCAGCAGGGGAACAGCUCCACGUUACAGCUCAGCCUAAGCCUUUUGAUCCCCCCCUUGGUGUGGAGCUUACUGUUAUUCUGCUAAAAUUAACUCUUUUCCUGGGUUGAUGACACUUUAAUACUCGACUUUUGCUGACCUCCAUAAAUGUUGCAAACAAAAGCAGGACUCCCAUCUGCCCUGAGAAAGCUUUGUUACACAAAACUUAACUGGAUGCCUUUAUUAAAACAAACAAACACAAAACAAAACAAAAAAAGACAAAUACUGAGAUGUACAUAAUUUAUUUGUCCUGAAACCUGUGAAUUAUACCUUUGGUCUUCAGAACUGCACUUGCCCACAAAGCAGCUUUUGCUACACCAGAUGGUAAAGAAACAUGGUUUAUUUACAGGAAAAAAGAAAAAAAAAAAAGAAGUGUAAGAAAUGCUCUGAAAAGAAUGUCUAAAAUCUGUUUGUAACUUGCCAUCACACUGAACAAUGUUGCAGGUUUCCAUUUGCAGAGGUAAUGGAUUUGAUGCUGUUUUAAUCCUAUGUUGAUGACUCUUGCAGUUUUUCCAUCUCCAUUCCAUCCUUCACACCACGUUUACGGGCAGCAUUUGUUAAAGAAUGCUGCCUUCCCCUUCACAAGAUUGCAGUAUAUAUAGAUAUGCAUUUUAUUUUACUUGUGUACAAGUAUACAAAAAAGACUAUAAAAUAAAGAUUUCUUUUUCCUAA